AAUUAACUGUCAUAAGAAGGCAUAUAAGUCACAGCGUAUGGUAUGAAGAUUGCUGCAUGUAACAGCCUACACUGAUCUACCUUGGAAUCGUGCAUCUAGUCAAGCUGCUGAGAAUCACACUAGAAUUGCAGAGUGACGGAAAAUGUACCGGGGACAGCAUGUUCGAAUUCUUUUUACUGUGAGUCUGGCCUUGCAGGUCAUUCAUUAUGGAAAAGGCCGUGAAAAAGAGGAGCAUAAAAGUGAUGGAGAAAAUGUGCAUGCAACAGCCCAAAAGCAACAGCCAAAAAAUCAAGGCACUACUCUAAAUAUGUUUAAUGACAUGAAUCGGAGUGAUGAGAGCAGCAAGCAACAGAGUUCGAGGACUUUUGUACCCUUUACUGGGCUUACAGAUAGUAAAAAACUGAACAGGCAUUGUUGUCAAAAUGGAGGAACCUGUAUCCUGGGCAGUUUCUGUGCUUGCCCAAAACACUUCACUGGCAGAUAUUGUGAGCAUGACGAGCAGAAUAGCAACUGUGGCAGUGUUGCCCAUGGAGUCUGGGUGCAAAAGGGUUGUCGAUUCUGUCGAUGUGGCUAUGGGGUUCUGCACUGCCUUUCGGAAAUAACGCAAGACAACUGUGAUCUAAAAAUAGAAGAGGAGGAAUUUCUCAGGUUACGUUCUAGUGGCCCAAGAUUACAGCAAACAAAAAUGUGCUCUCUCAUUCUCCUACUCUGCUUCUUCACAUUGUUCUGCAGCAGGCUCCAUCAGCAGUUUUGAGACUGGCUAUAUGAAAGAAUUUAUUUAGGACUCAAAUCCCCUCACUUUGAAUCAAACAGAGUUUUUUGCCCAUUGACAAAACCAUUUUUCUAACAGACUGAAUGAUAAGAGGUGAAAUGUACGUUACCUCAAAUUUUCCUCUUUAACCUAAAGAUAACCUCUACUUACUUGUCUGCCUGAAAGGGACAUGCUAAGGAUUA